AUGAUAAAAGUUACAAAAAUACGGCCCCCAGUCCCCGGCGCCCCUGCUAUUCCUGGCUACGGUAGCGACCAUGGUAACGGCUGGGCAGAGGGUGCUAAAAACCUCCAGUGGAGGUUCGGUUGCCACCUACGACGACUCGACCUGGCAACUUAUAACGCACGCACCCUGAGGACUGACGAGAAGAUCCUGGAGCUGGAAGAAGAGAUAGACAAGUUGCGCUGGAAUGUCAUAGGAUUAUCCGAAGUCCGAAGAAAGGGGGAGGACACGGUAAUCCUCGAAUCCGGUAAUUUGUUCUAUCACCGGGACCAUCUGUCCCAAGGAGGUGUCGGAUUUAUCGUCCACAAGUCUCUCGUUAACAACGUUGUAAAGAUUGGGAGUGUGUCGACGAGGGUUGCGUACCUUAUACUCAGAAUCACCAAAAGGUAUUCGCUGAAGGUCAUACAGGUUUACGCACCAACCUCGGCACAUCCCGAUGAGAAGGUGGAGGAAAUAUAUGAGGAUAUCUCUAGAGCCAUCCACUCCUCCAAAACCCACUAUACGGUUUUAAUGGGAGACUUCAUUGCAAAACUAGGCACAAGAGAGAACGGUGAGCUGAAAGUAGGGAAAUUUGGAAUAGGGCAACGGAACCUAAGGGGCCAGCAGCUGGCCAACUUCAUGGAGAAAGAGGGUUUCUUUAUGAUGAACUCUUUUUUCCAGAAGCGGCCCCAUAGGAAGUGGACCUGGUCAAGCCCCGACGGUUAA